AUGAAGUCUGAAGAUAACCGUAGAGAGAUGCGGCAUUCCUCAGGUGGAUCUAAUGGUAACUUGCAGCAACAGGAAAGUCCACAGGUUCUACUCAAGAAGUAUUGAUACACAAGCUCUAGGAAAAGACGCUCUGUCGUGCAAAUUGCAAUUUAGCCUGAGAUUUGAAUUUUCACUCACUCAUCUGCUCUUAAGGCAGGAACCAGUAUCCAUUAUCCUAAUAGCUACAUAUUGGCCUCGCAGGCUAUGGUUUCCCCUUCUUCUGAGCCUCUGCAUGGGAUCUCCCAAGAAUUCCAUCCCUCCAUCAGGGUCCUGUUCAUCCAGAUUCAUCUUCCGUCAACCUAAAGGAUUUUCCCUCAACCUGGAAUAAUUUACAGCAGUGAUUUCCAAACCAGUCCUCAUGGCACCCCAACAGUCCAGGUUUUGUCAAUAUCUCCAUUGGAAUAAACAAGGGGAAUUCAUAAAUCCUUCUUGAAUUAUUUUUACUUUUCUGAGACUCGAUUCGGGGUGUAAUCAGGAAAAUAGGUGUUAUGAUGGCACUUAAUGUGAUAUCAUGGAAUGUCCAGGGUUUGAAUUCACCACAGAAAAGGGGAGCGGUCUAUAAAUUUCUAAAUGGAAAUUAUAUUGAUAUUGCUUUUAUUCAGGAGACACACUGGAUUAAUCCCCCAGAGAGACUCUGGAAGUUUAAGAAAUUCCCGUUGAUAUUUUCUUCUAAUAUGGAGGGGAAUAAAAAAAAAAAAAGAGGCACUGCUAUCAUAAUCUCUAGCAGAAUUAAUUUUGAAAUGAUACAUCUAACUGGGGAUCCAAUGGGAAGAUAUGUGAUACUCAUCGCAAAAAUUUAUGGUAUUCUAUAUACUUUGGUUAAUAUUUAUGCACCAAAUUCGUGCCCAGGGUACUUUUUGGAUAAAACUAUGGAAAAGGUUGAUGAAUUAGCAUGUGGUACCAUCAUAAUUGGGGGAGACUUUAAUUGUGUAUUGGACCCAACACGGGAUAAAAGCCAUAAAAAUGUUAGAGAUUAUAAAUCUGUAAAUACCUAUGUUUCUGAUUUUUCUAAAUUUCUAGAUAGGAAUUCUCUAUUUGACUGUUGGAGGACUUUGAAUCCUAAUGAGAGAGAGUACUUUUUUUUCACAUGUCCAUCAGACCUAUUCUCGAAUAGAUAUGUUUUUGGUGAAAGCUGGGUUUUUGAGUUCUAUUAUUAAAUCCAAUAUUGGAUCCAUAGUUGUAUCAGAUCAUGCACCAGUAUUCAUUAAGGUUAAGUUAAAAGGUGGUCUUAGACCAAGGACAAGGUGGAGACUUAACGAAAGCCUCUUGAAAUCAGAGUGCAACAUAGAUUUUUUUUUUUUGUCAUCUGAAAUUGAAAACUUUUUGAUUACCAAUGAUAAUGGGGAAGUUUCUACGGUAAUGGUCUGGUGUACCCUUAAAAGCUAUAUAAGGGGACUAUUAAUUAAACUUGGCUCUGAAUCUAAAAGGAAGAAGGGAGAAUCUCUGCAAGAGUUAAGAAUAAAAUUGGCAAAUAAGGAACGUCUAAAUAAAAAUAUGGUGAAUAAAGACUUAAUUGAAGAAAUAGCUAAAUUAAGGGAAACUAUCAAAGAUAGAAUUUAUGAUAUGGUCAAUAAAAAUAUCCAAACUCUAAACAAAGAUGGUACCAUAACAAUAACAAAAUAAAUAAAGACCUUUCUAAUAAAAUAAAAAAUAACCUCAAAGAUAAAUCUAUAAAAAAAAUUGUCUUAGGUGAUAAACAUUUAGUGUCACCAAAUGAUAUUGUAAAUGCAUUUGCGGAAUUUUACAUAUCCUUAUAUAACCUAGAGGAGGUAGGGAAGAGUAGAGAAGAAAUGGAUACAUUUUUGAGUAACCUUAAAUUACCAAAAAUUAACCAAAGGAAGUUGGAAAUGCUGAAUGCCCCAUUCUUAUUAUCAGAAGUAACAGAAGCAAUAGAUAAGUUAACAUUGAAUAAGGCUCCAGGCCCAGAUGGCUUUUCAACAAUGGUCUAUAAAACUUUUUCUAGACUCAUUUCCCCUAUCCUUUUAGAGAUGUUUACGAAGGCGUCCGCGGAUACCCCCUUCCCUAAUGAGAUGUUAUUGGCUUCAAUCAUUCCUAUGCCCAAAGUAGGGAAAGACCCAACACUUAUUACUAACUAUAGACCUAUAUCUCUCAUUAAUUUAGAUAUAAAGAUAUUCUCUCAAAUAUUGUCCAAUCGACUUAAAGAGGUAAUUGGAGAACUGAUUGACGUUGAUCAGUCUGGAUUUGUGCAAGGGAGAGGUACUACAGAUAAUACACGUAGGAUAUUUAACUUAAUACAUAGAAUAAGUAAGCAUAAAUGGGGAUCUGUUAUUAUGGCCCUUGAUGCUGAGAAGGCCUUUGACAGAGUCAAUUGGAGAUUCCUGGACUCUGUCAUGGGCCAAUUUGGCUUAGAGGGUCAGUUUAGACCUAAAACUAUGUUGUUAUAUAGGAGUUCUACAGCUAAAAUAAUUAACCCUUUUGUUGAGUCUGACCAUUUUGAGGUCAAAAAUGGUACUAGACAGGGUUGCCCUUUGGCUCCCCUGUUAUAUAUUCUUACAAUUGAACCUUUGGCCACCUUGAUCAGACAGGAUACUAAUGUAAAGGGGGUCAAGUCUCUCAAUGGGGAAACCAAGGUUUCCCUUUUCGCAGACGAUGUCCUCCUUAUCCUGACGGAUCCGAUGGUUUCAAUUCCAUCAGUAUUGGAUGCUAUAUCCAUCUAUAGUAGUUUCUCCAACUAUAAGGUCAAUAUGAAAAAAAAAACAAAUUUUAGCCUCUUUUUUUUUUUUACCUGAGGCUCAGAAAGAUCUUCUGACUGCACAUUUCCAACUCUUAUGGGCAAAGAUACUAUUGGCUAUGUGGGGAUUAAAAUAUCCUUUGAUAUAGAGAGGAUGAUACAAACAAACUAUCAUAAAAUAUUAGGAGAUCUGCAACAACUGAUAGACAAAUCUGAUACCUAAACUUGUAUACUAUCUUAGGGCAAUUCCUUAUAGACUGGGGAAAGGUAUUCUUAACCGUUUUCAAACUCUGAUUUCCAAAUGUAUUUGGGCAAAUAAACCACCUAGGAUAGCUUUUGACACUCUUCGAAGGAGCUAUCAGAAGGGUGGAAUAGCUUUUUCAGAUGUUGAUAAAAUCCAUGAAGCAUGUAUGGCGACUCAUCUUCUACAGUGGCUAAUCAAGGAACAGGGAUAUAAAUCAUGGCUUACUCUAGAACAGGAGGAUAGCCCUAGAUAUAAAUUGUUCAUUCUUUUUUGGAUGGGUAUGUUGAAUUUGGGUGAACUGGAUACCAAGUAUUUUUCGAACCGUAUAUUGAUAGAUAUGAUCAAUACCUCCAAAAUCCUAAAUAAAAAAUUAAAGCUAGAAGAUAAAUUAUUAUAUAGGGUUCCAUUAGUGGUCCUACAACACAUAAUGGAUAAUAUAAAUUUUCAUGGACACACCUAGGCCUAGUGAAGAUCUCGGAUUUAUGGGAUGGAUUUAAAUCCAUCCCAUUUAUACAAUUGCAAGAAAAGUAUAAUCUUUCCCCUAGAGAUCUUUUUCAAUAUCUAAGGAUUAAGAAUUUUUUACUAUCUCGGACUAUACUUAAGGACCACAACGUUAAUCCGCUUAUUGUAUUAUAUAAAAAGAAGGGAGGGAUUUCUAGAUUUAUUAAAUUGCUAGAAUCAAUGGAACAAGACUCUCAUGCUACCUCUUUUGUUAAAUGGGAACAAGAUAUUGGGGGAUCCUUUCCACUUCUGGAAUGGACCAAAGCUACAUUCCUAGUUAAGCGCUGUAUACAUAGCGUCUCUCUCUAUGAAACACAUUUAAAGAUAAUAUAUAGGUGGUAUAUGGUACCGGCUAUACUAUAUAAAAUAUCAUCUGUACAUUCUAAGAAUUGUUGGAGAUGUGGAAAUGAGGAGGGCACUCUUUAUCAUAUAUGGUGGGAGUGUCAGGGUCUUAAUAAUAUAAAAAUUCAAAUGCUUGGCCUUAUUAAUUCUAUUUUUAAGGAGAUAAAAGAAAUUAACCCUCAACUUUUUCUCUUUAACAUUGGUUUCCCUUCGCAAGAUAAAUAUCAAAAAUAUCUUUUGACCCAUAUAUUUUUUUGCCAUUAAAAUAUGUAUAGCUAGGGCUUGGAAAUCUUCUAUCCAAUUAAUAUGGCACAAUAUUAUGGAGCAAAUAGAUUAUCAGUACAGGAUGCAAUCAAACCCCUUUUUUGGCACUAGAGAUGUGGCCAAACUAUGGUUACCCUGGACAUAUAGACAGAAUAUAUGAUAACAGAUUGUGGUUCCCCCCCCAUAUCGAGUCUCAGAGAAUGUAAUUUAUUCGUAUUAUCUUUUUUAUUUUUUUUAUUAUUUGUAUGUUUAUCAAUGUGACAGCUAUACCAUGGAAAUUUUUGGUGUGAAUUCCUUCUGAUAGCGAUUGGCAGUGGACAAAUGUAGCGUGAUUGAAAUAUACAUCGUGUGUACGAUGGUUUUCAAUGGAAACACUGUACUUUAUGUGGAAACCUUCGGUGUUUAAUUUUACACAGUGCCUAUAUUACAAUAUAUUGCCAGCUUAUCUAUGCUUUUAGCAGUUAUAUUGAUGGGUUGUUUUUUUUCUGUUUGCUUGUUUAAUUUAUGUUGUGUUUUUAACAUUUAUCUCUGUGUCUGGUUGUCUUAAUGCGCUGGAGGACUGCCUUUGGGGUACCUCACAUGCAAAUGUUAAAACUUUCAGUGGGGACCCACUAUGGUAUAUAUUCCUAAAGACCCCCACACACUUAUUUGUGCAUAGAACCUGCAUACAUAGUUAGGAACCAUCAUUGUGAGUUGUCCACUAUCUUAGCUUGUGCUUUCUGUAUAGUGGGAAUUAUGUCUCUUUGGCUACCACUGUAAUCUAUUAUUUUUUUUUUUUUUUAAGAUUGUUAGUUGAAAGGAAGCCUGUCAAUAAGUCAUGAUGGUAUAAACGAGCAGGUAUCUCUGGAAUGGUUAUUAAAAUACAUCUAUCUAACUUUCUCCCUAUAUGAUUAUACUCUACGAAAGAACGCAAUAUUUGAAGUCCUACAGCACUACAAAGGCCUAAAAGUUGCUUUCUACUGCAAGUUUGGAGGGUGCAUGGCACACUCAAUAGAAUUACAUUUCUACUCUCCGAUGCUCUCCUAUUGAGUGUGCAGUGGAAAGUAAUUUCUAGGUCUCUCUAGUAUAUAAUAUUUUGUGUUGUGAAAGCUCUUAAAGGCACACUCACGGCUCCAACACAGGUUAAAGGGACCCUACACGCAUCCAGACCACUUCAGCUCAGGUGCGGGGGGGAUGCUAUAGUGCCAGGAAAAAAACUGUGUUUUCCUGGCACUAGAGCUUCCCUUUAACCCCUUAUGGACCAAACUUCUGGAAUAAAAGGAAAUCAUGACAUGUCACGUGUCCUUAAGGAGUUACAUGCAUUUCAUAGGUUUUUCUCCACAUUCAUACCUUCAAACAGUAAUCCUAGGUUCUGGGGAAAGAGACUGUUUCUGCAGGUGAAUUGGAAGAAAGCAAAAAACUUUGAAGCCAUAUUAAUUUGUAAAUCUUAAAGGACCACUCUAGGCACCCAGACCACUUCAGCUUAAUGAAGUGGUCUGGGUGCCAGGUCCUUCUAGGGUUAACCCAUUUUUUUAUAAACAUAGCAGUUUCAGAGAAACUGCUAUGUUUAUGAAUGGGUUAAGCCUUCCCCCUAAUCCUCUAGUGGCUGUCUCAUUGACUGCCACUAGAGGCGCUUGCGUGCUUCUCACUGUGAUUUUCACAGUGAGAGCACGCCAGCGUCCAUAGGAAAGCAUUGUAAAUGCUUUCCUAUGCGAAGGGCUGAAUGCGCGCGCAGCCAGCCCAGGAGGAGGAACGGAGGAGGAGAGAAGGAGGAGAGCUCCCCGCCCAGCGCUGGAAAAAGGUAAGUUUAAACCCCUUUCCCCCUUCCAGAGCCGGGCGGGAGGGGGUCCCUGAGGGUGGGGGCACCCUCAGGGCACUAUAGUGCCAGGAAAACGAGUAUGUUUUCCUGGCACUAUAGUGGUCCUUUAAUUAUAUGUUGUGAAAGAACCUACUUUUACCUACUUAAAAGCUUGCUAGCUGGAACAAUCUACACAAUGUCUUUUUGGUACUGCAGUUGAAGCUUCCACAACAAAUUGUACUGUUUCUGCUAUGUUUCUAGUUUAGGAGGGGAUAAGCAUUUUAUUCUUCAAUAUCAUGUGACCAUAAACCUGAGGUUUUGCGUGUAGGAUUGUAUUAACUCCACAGGUGUAGAUUUAGGGAGAUAUUUACAGAUAAACAGCUUUUUAAAAUAUAUAUUAUAAAAACAUCCAGAUGGAAUUGUUGUCAAGUAGUUACUCUUGAUUUCUAUGCUACCCUCUGACAAUUCAUAUUAUGUAUUAGUAGCAUAGAAACCAAGAGUAACUACUUGACAACAAUAUUAAAUAUAUGAUCAAGUUUCUAAUAUUUUAUAUAUAUAAAAUUAUAUUUUUUUUUUUUUUUUUUUUUUAAAUAUACAGGAAUACACGUGCCCUCGGUGCGAGUCAGGAUUCAUUGAGGAGCUCCCUGAACCAAGGCACACGUGAGUCUUUAUUAAUUUUUUUUUGUGUGUGUGUCAUGGCCAUUUUACUAAAAACUACAUUGGCUUUUUAGAAAUAUUCCAUCCAUUAAAUCAUGCUGUGUUCUAGGGGCACUAGGGUGUCCAUCCAUUAAAUCAUACUGUGUUCUAGAGGCACUAGGGUGUCUCUUAGUAGAAUAUGAUAACCCUGUCUUUUUAUGUUUUCCCAUCUUAAACAUAUCUUAAAAGCUACACCACCUUUUCUGGGGUAGAUUGUCACCACCCCCUGGAAACAAGUGGAAAUUAAAGUUCUCUUUGUAGUUUUUAGUCUUGCAUGGUCUGCAGCAAUUUCCCACAAAUAUGAAGCUCGAAAGCUUGAAAAGAAGGAAAAUGGAGGUGGCAACUGCCCGCACAGCACAGUGACUUUCAGCGGCUCCUGCAUCUUACAGCGAAUAUUGCUUAAUAUUUGCGGAUACAAGCCAACUACACCGUGAGAGGGGAUAAGUUGGUGUCAAUUGAGAUACAAGUUAAGCUGCUUUUACUGCAAAAAUUGCCAGAAAAUGUGGCCUACAAGCAUGCCUGGCGUGCGGAAAGCAGUUGCUCUCCUUCUGCCAAAGAUGUCUGAAACCUCCAAAUCUGAGCCCUUGUCCCACUCCCUUCUGGGCCGAUGUGGGUUAUCCUAGUCCCAAGAGUACACUCCAUCGAUCUCAGGCACCUACCCCUGCUGGUGGAGAAGGCGAGUAACAUGGCUCAACCACAGUCUACACUGUAUAAGCUAGAGGCUAUAUUAGGGUUGCCACCUGGCACAGCCAGUAUUUGAUGCUAUGUGGCUGGUGUCGGUAUUGCAGAAUCAAAUCCACGUGGGAGGAGCAGGAACUACAGGACAAGAAGAUGGAAGCAUCAUGGAAGCAUGGCAGCAGGAGUUCUGACACUGUUCUCUGUGUGUGUAUGCAGAAGUCUGAUGGGAGAAUGGUGAGAGAAAUAGAUCCAGAAUAUCCAUCUCUGUUAAUAAGGGACUUGUGCACGCAUUGUUAUACACUAUAUACACACCGUAAGAGAGACACACUCACAGUAUACAGACUCUGAUAUGCUCACACAACAGUAUGCACAUAGAGUUAUGCACAUUUAGACGACACAUUGCUAUACAUACGCCACUAUACACUCUCAUUCAGACAAUAUAUUCACAUACUCAAUACUAUACACACAGCCAGACGAAGUAAACACAUUGUAAGUAGUUUAUUAAAGGAAUUUUUUUCCUUUCAAAUAUUAUGUACGUUGUGUCUUGUGAUGACACGCAUACAUUAUGCACAUAUUAAUAAUGCAAAUUAGCAUGUCCGGUAUUUUAUUUUAUUUUUUCAAAAAAAAAUGGCAACCCUAGGCUAUAUUUGCAGCUUUUCUGUCACGUCUGGCGGAGAGGCAACGGAGCCCACAGUCACCACAUCGCAGCCACUCGCCUACCGACAACCCACGAGAGUUCAGCCACUGGGGGUCUGCUGGUUAAAUUGAUGGGGAGGCCGGGAACAAGGCUGUAUCCGGGCCUAGUGGGGGGUGGUGCAUUAUCACCCUGCAUGUCAUUUAAUAUGGGGAUGACUUCUGUAAUCUUUAUCUGAAUUGUCUAUUAAUCUACUUGUCUCACUCCUCCAACCUUACAUACAGUUGCAUGUCACUUCAGUGCCUAUUCUCAGCUUUAUAAUUUUUCUCUCUACAAUCCUAGCACUAUAUAUCUUUUUGUCGUAUUAUUUUUAUACAUUAUUUGAUGUUUAAGUUUAAUCCCACGAUAACUUGAAUGUAUAUGACAUCAUCCUUGUUGUAACACACACAUCAAAAACAAAGAAUUAAAAAAAGGAAAUCAAGGUUAUUUUGAUGUUUUAAUUUAACUUCUUGAGGACAGAGCUUCAGAAGCUUGUCUUUCACUUAAUGACAGCAUUUUUUCAUUUUUUGCUUUAUGCGUUCAACUGCAAUCUGCAUUUUACUACUUUAUUGCACCAACACAUAUUAUAUAUAGUUUUUUUAAAGCACAGAAAGGGCUUUAAUUUAAUGUAACACACAUAUAUAUAUAAAUGCUUAUUUAUUAUAAAAAAAUACAGAAAAAUGCAAAGAAAUUUUUUUUUAGUUUUUGCAAUAAUGUGUGCAUAAUUAGUGCAGGUUAAGGAAAGGAAUUAAAAAUAAAUUAAGUUGUUCUGAUUUACAGAAUAUAUGCGUCUGGGAUUUUAAGGUUUUUUUUGGUAGUUACAGGUCACAAAGCACAAGGAGUAAAAUAAGCGUUUAAUGUGGAGCGAUUUUAGAAUUUGGUAUGUUUGUCUUGUAAGCUUAAUAGCCAUAAAAGAAAACAAAAUUGCCACACAAAAGUAUAUAUUUCUAUAAAGUAGACAUCACAGGCUAUUUACCUAGGGUUGUUUUGACACAUUCUACGUAGCCAUUUCACCACCAACCUCUGCUAAAUAUUGGAGUAAAAUUGUGGGUUUUUUUGUUUUUGUUUUUGGCACACAAACUUAUAACAAAGAACUUCUCAUGUGUAUUUUGUAAAGUUAGUGUGUGCUAUUCCUGUACAAAGUUUUAUUUUGUGUUCAGUUACAUCUGCUGAGUAAAAUUACACCCCUAUUGUAUGUCUUUGGCACUAUUUCGUGAAGCUAGGGAGGCCUGUUCUUUUCAGUAUUCACAGUAGAAUUUUGAGAGACGGAUUUAAUGAGCCUAUGCUUCCAUUUGGGGUAUUAUACCAGUUUAACUGUUCAAAAGAAAAACCCCACAAAGGCUUACCAUUUGUAAAAGCAGACACUCCAGGGUAUCUCAUAAGGUGUAUAUUGUGCCUUAACUUGUCCCCAUUUUUUCACCAAUAUAUGCUAAAGUAUGUGAUAAAAAAAUAAUUUUGUGCGUUUUUUACAUAUGGAUUGCAUUUUUGCUGGGCAUUUUGUAUAUUUCAUAUGUGCCACUAAGUUCAAACCCUCCAAAUUAUGCUUGGCUAAGUCUUCUGAGUAAAAAGACACCCCCAAUGAAUGUCUUUGGCACUAUUUCGUGAAGCUACAGUGCCAUUUAGGAGACCAAGCCAUAUCAGUUUUUACCGAACAUUGAAUUUUGACGCUGGGCCUAUGUGCAAUUUCCAAGCAUCUUAUCAGGGUUUAAAUUCAAACUACCCCACAAAGGCCUACCAUUUCUUAAAGUAGACACCCCAGGGUAUUUCGAAAGGUAUAUUUUGAACCUUAGCGUGGGAUCAUUUUGCCGCUAACUUGUACCAAGUGUAGUGGUGGUAAAAAAAAAAUCUGCCUUUUUGACACAUAAAGUGAGUUUGCACAGUAUAUUUUUCAAACCUUAUGUGUGCUACGACUGUAUAAUACUUCAUAUGUUGCUCAGCUAUGUUGUCUGAGUACAGCAAUACCACCGUUUAAUCUGUAUCAGAGUUUAACUGUGUUAUAGUAGAGGAGGCACCUCUAGAGGCAGUCAGGAAGACCACCACUACACCCUGUUCCAAAUUAUUAUGCAAAUGAUAUUUUUCUCAUUUACCUAAAUAAUUGAUGUAAAUAACAGUCAGUCUGUAUAAUAUAGGUAUAUGUGGACAUUGAAGGGGCGCAUUUGAGACGCAGCUGUUCAGUUUUUUUUCUAACUUUGAAGUUUUACGCUGUGUCCAUGUUCCAAUUUGGAGUAGUUUAAAUGGUUGGUUAUUGAAACUUCUCCACAAACACAUACUACUUAUUAAAGAAUACACCCUGGGGUAAUUCAAAAGGCAUAUUUUGAACCUUAGCGUGGGAUCAUUUUUUCUCUAGUUUGUUCCAGGUGUAGUGGUAAUGAGCGUUUUUAAAUGUGUAUUUUUUACUUUUUUAAACUUUUUUUUACUUUUAAAAAUUAGUUUUUAAACUUUUGUUUUGCGUAUUAAUUUUUUUAAACUUUCUUAACUUUUUUUUACAGAUUUAACAUUUUUCUAAGCUUUUUUUUUUUCCCGUUAAUCCCUAACUAGCAGUAAGCAGCACUAACAGUAAAUUCCCAAUUUUCCCAUAACUCCCACCCACCAAAGCUAGCAAAAUAUAUAAUUAAAAAAUUUAAUUGAACCCCUGAGGGUUAAAAAAUAAAUUAAUCCUCAAGGGUUAAAAAAAAAAAUUAGAUUACAGUAUAAUACUGUGAUCUAUAUUUUGAUCACUGUAGGCAGUGUUCGACUGGCAGGGAAGGGGUUAAUUUUUAUUUGGACUGGGUAAAGGGGAUGGUUUUUUUUUUUUUUAGCUUAAUUUUUAACUUUUUUAACGUUAACCCCUAGUUAGCCUAACACCAAAUCCUCCAAUUCCCCACUAACUUCCACCCACCCCAGCUAGCUAAAUAUAUAAUUUUUAUUAAAUAAAUUUAACCCCUGAGGGUAAAAAAAAAAAAUUAACCCUCAGGGGUUAAAAAAAUCAGAUGACAGUAAAAUGUAAUCCCUGCCAAUCACUGUAGUCAGUGAUCAAUUGACAGGGAAGGGGUUAAUUUUUAAUUUAAAUGAGUAAAGGGGGGUGGGAUUUUAAAUAAAGUUUAUUUAUUUAUUUAUUUAUUUAACAGGGGCAGGAUCAGCACUGAUCCGGCUCCCUGCACUUCACACAGAACCAGGAAGUGCAGGGAGACGGAAGGUGAGUAUAUGCAGCACAUGUGCUGGGGCAGCCAGAUCGGGUGCUCCCGGUCUGCCUCUAAUACAGAGGCAGACCGGAGCACCGUUAAUUGUAACCGUUGUUAUGGCAAUCCCCUUGUCGUUAAGGGGUUAAGUCUCUAAAAUAUUUCCUAUUGAAGUUCUGCAAUUAAGCUCUUUUAAAGGAACACUAUAGUGUUAGGAAGUACAUGUUUGGCUUACGGCCACCCUCAGAAUAGGGUUAAAAGGUAUUUAAAUUUACCUUUUCUCCAUUCUGCACUUGUUGUGCUGCGGCUGACCCACCUCUAUGGCUGUGAUCUCAACCAAUCCAAUGCUAUCCCAUAGGAAAACAUUGGAAGUCUAUUGUGCAUGCACUGCCCUAAUCUGCAUCUGCUCCUAGAGGAGACAGAAAGGGGAAGUAGAUCUGCAGCUACUGCGAGCUAGCUAAUCCUGUUCAGUAGAGAGAUUAUCUACUAAACAAGUUUUAUUUUUUUUAUUUUUUUUUCAUUCCCUCCCUUUCUUCUUUAUAGGAACUCAGAGAAUAAUACCAGCUCCACUGGAACAGAACAAAACAGAGAUCCUUUUGAGGUGAGGAAACUGAACUUUGCACUUGGCAACCUGUUUGCCUUUUAUGAUUUGUUUAUCUUACAAUAAAUUAUUAACCCUUUAACAUUGUUAAGGCGUUCCAUGCUGUCCACAUUUAAAUUAUCUUUAACCCCUUAAGGACCGGACUGGUUUUGCGAUGUUGUACAUUUGCGACCAGGCAUCUUUUUACACUUUUAUGGUGUUUGUGUUUAGCUGUAAUUUUCCGCUCUCUCAUUUACUGUUCCCAUACAAAUUAUAUAUAUUUUUUUUUUCAGGACAAAAGGGUCUUUCUUUACAUACCAUUAUUUAUAUAAUCUCAUGUAAUUUAAUUAAAAAAAAUAAAUGAGUAAAUAUGAAAAAUUGAAAAAAAAAUACAUGUUUUUGACUGUUAAUUAAAAAAAUCUUUUACUCAUCUACAAAAGCGAAUGAAAAAAACUGCUAAAUAGAUUAAAAAUGUUAUCCUGAGUUUAAAAAUACCCAGUGUUUACAUGCAUUUGUGGUUUCAAAACAUACAUUUUUUAAAAUGUAUCAAUAGUGACAUUGUAACACUAUCAACUGUCAUAAAUCUCUGAAUAACACCCACCAUGUACGUACAUAUAUAUAUAUAUAUAUAUAUAUAUAAAAUGAAAGUAGACAACCCAGGGUAUUCAAUAUGUCCAGACUUUUUUAGUAGCCAAACACUGGUCAAAGUUAGCGUUCAUAUUUGUUUGUGUGUGAAAAAAGUGUUUGUGACUAAGUGGUUACUAAAAAAGACUGGACAUACCCCAUUUGCAAUACCUUGGUUUGUCUUCUUUUGCAAAUGGUAUGCCAUCGUGUGGGUAAUUCUCAUUCCUGGGCUACCAUACGUUCUCAAAGGCAACGUAACCAACCUGGCCAUUUUCAAUAUAAAAUUUUUUGACCCUGUAACUUUCAAAAAGCUAUAAAACCUGUACAUGGGGGUACUGUUAUACUCGGGAGACUUUGCUGAACACAAAUCUAAGUGUUUCAAAACUGGAAAACAUUUCACAACAAUUAUAUCAUCAGUAAAAAUGCUGUUUGUGUGUGAAAUAUGCAAAAAAAGUCACUUUCACUGACAAUAUCAUCGCUGUGAUAUGUUUUACUGUUUUGAAUCACUAAUAUUUGUGUUCAGCGAAGUCUCCUGAGUAAAAUAGUACCCCCCAUGUUAGGGAUCGACCGAUAUUGAUUUUUUAGAGCCGAUACCGAUACCGAUAAUCUGCGAACUUUCAGGCCGAUAUCUUGCCGAUAUUCUGUACAUUUACUAUUUUGAAUAAAUAAACUAAUUCGAAAGGUAAAUGCACAAAAUAUACAUGCCACAUGUAGUGGAUGAAGUGUGUUUAGACAGGGGAACUGUGUGUGUUUGUGUAGUGUGUGUGUGUGUGUGUAGUGGAUGCAGGGUGUGUGUUUGUGUAGUGUGUGUAUAAUGAAUGUAGUGUGUAUAUAAUGCAGUGUGUGUAGUGUGUAUAUAAUGCAGUGUGUUUAUGUAGUGUGUGUAUAAUGCAGUGUGUUUUUGUGUGUAUGUAAUGCAGUUUGUGUGUUUGUGUAGUGUGUAUGUAUGUAUUGCAGUGUGUGUUUGUGUAGUGUGUGUUUGUGUAGUGUGUAUGUGUAGUGUAUGUAAUGCAGUGUGUGUAUGUAAUGCAGUAUGUGUACUGUGUGUAGUGUGUAUGUAAUGCAGUGUGUGUGCAGUGUAGUGUGUGUCUGUAAUGCAGUGUGUGUUUGUGGUGUGUGUGUAGUGUGUCUGUCUGUGUAGUGUGUGUAUGUAAUGCAGUGUGUGUGCCUGUGUAGUGUGUAUGUAAUGCAGUGUGUGUGUAUGUAAUGCAGUAUGUGUGUUUGUGUAGUGUGUGUGUGUUUGUGUAGUGAUGUAAUUUGUGUAAUUUUUUAUUUUAAUAUUUUUUUUAAUAUUUAAAUGUUUGGGUUUUUUUGUUUAGCCCCCCCUCCCUGCUUUUUACCAGGGAGGGGGAUAUAGUAUCCCCUAGUGGUCCAGUGGCUUGUUAAGUACAGUGGUGGCUCAGCAGCAGCAAGCGCUGACUUACCUUGCAAGCAGCUCCUACAGCUCCCUGUGUAAAUCUCGCGGCUCUUAGUGCCGCGCGGAGCGUUGCCAUGGUAACCCGUGGCAACGCUCUGCGGCCGCGGGUCUCGCGAGAUUUACACAGGGAGCUGCAUGCAAGGUAAGUCAGCGCUUGCGGCUGGCCCCCACAGGACCGCCGGGCUUGUAAUGGGCACGGCGGUCCUGUUAUAUAUUAUCGGCAAUAUCGGUAUCUGAAUUGGCCGAUACCGAUAUUGCCGAAAAUACCAAAUAUCGGCCGAUAAUAUCGGCCAGACCGAUAAUCGGUCGAUCCCUACCCCAUGUAUAGGUUUUAGGGUGUCGUAGAACAUUACAGGGUAAAAUACAGUACUAGCAAAUUCAAUUCUCUGGACUUUCGGCCUGGGUUGGCAGGCAGGUGCCUCAAAUUGCAAUCAAUAAAAUUACUUAAUUAGGUAAAAAUAUUACAUAAAUACGCACAUAGAAUUUAAAUAUAUAAGCAUAUUUAUAUAUUUGAAGUCUACGUGUAUAUAUAAUUAUUUAUGUAAUUUUGUAUAUGGACAUAUGUAUAUUUCGUAUGUAUAUUUCGUGUGUAUAUAUAUAUAUAUAUAUAUAUAUAUAUAUAUAUAUAUAUAUAUAUAUAUAUAUAUAUAUAUAUAUAUAUAUAUAUAUAUAUAUAUAUAUAAUUUCAUUCUAAGUGUAUUUUGAGAGAUAUAGAUAGAUAUGGUGGAUCAAGAAACUGGGAACUCUAGCUCCAAAUGGACUAAAUGAAAAACUGUCCUUUGUUGCCUUUUUAUAAUUAAAAUUUUUUUCAUUGUUCUUUUAUAUAUAUUCUUUUUUAAAUAUACCCUGGUGACCUUUUGAAUAUCAUUACAUAACUUUUGGGUAGAGUGCCAGAAUUUGGAGAGAGAGAUAGAUAUCUAUAUCUCAAAAUACACUUAGAAUAAAAUUUCAUAUAGAUAUAUAAUUUUUUAUAAUUAUUUUACAUUUUUUAUUUAAUUUAAAUUACUUAUUUGUAUUUUAUAAUAUAUAUAUUAUAUAUACGUGUGUAAUGUAAUUAUAAGUGUAUUUUUAUAUUAAUAUAUGUACAUAUUAAUAUAAAAAAUACACUUAGUAUGACAUAUAUAUAUAUAUAUAUAUAUAUAUAUAUAUAUAUAUAUAUACAUACACACAUUUUUUUUAUUAACAGUUAUUUAUUUUUAAUUUCUUUUAUGAUUUUACACUAGCGGGGAGACUGCCUGUCAGCACAGACAGUCCUCCUCCAGACAGACACAUGGACACCUAUUGUGACCAUGUGAUCACUCUGUUGAGCGAUCACAUGGCCCCAGGGAUCCUAAUCUGCCAUGGGGAGACUGCCUGGGCUGCAGGCAGUCUCCCCACACCGGGAGCAACGCCGAUCACCGCCGGGGGAACGAUCGUUAGGACGGUUCAGAACCGUCACCAGGUGCAAUGGAAAAAUGCAGAUGACUGUCCUGAACCGUCCUCGGCCCUUAAGGGGUUAAAGUCGUUGCAGUGGCGUGUAACGCCGUAAUGGCUUUCAGACUAGAAAGCCUUCCUAUACUCUCCUCCGCUGCAGUGGGGGGCGGCCCAGUCGGUUCCCUCCCUGCUGGACCAGACCCCACUGGCCAUGCAGUCUCACAGAGCAAUCGCAUGGCCACAAUAACAGCUAUGGAUCUGCAUGCAGGGGGAUUACCUGGGCUCGCUCACUUUCUCAAUAUAUAUUCCUAUCAAAAUACACUUAGAAUGAAAUUUUAUACAGAUCUAUAUACGUAUAUAGAUAUACAUAAAUAACUACAUACACGUUGACUUUAAAUAUAUUUAAAUUCUUAGUGUAUAUGUAAUUUAUUUAACAUAAUUACCUGAUUUUUACUAAUUAGAAUUUGAGGGACCUGCCUGACAACCCAGGCAGACAGUCCAGAGAAUUAAAUUUUCAAGUCCUCUAUUUAACCGUGUAACAUUCCAUAACACCCAUAAAACCUGUUCAUAGGUGCUACGGUUAUACUCGGGAGACUUCGCUGAACACAAAUAUGAGUGUUCCAAAACACAUCAUGACUGUGAUAUAAUUCAUAAACAUGCAGUUUUGUGUAAAAAAUGCAAAAAACGCCAGGGUUUGUGACUAAGUGGCUACUAAAAAAGAAAGGACAUUCCCUGGGUUGUCCACUUUUUCAAAUGGUAUGCCAUGAUGGUGGGGGGAAUUCUCAUUCCUGGGCUAUCAUACAGUUUCAAAUGCAACACAACCAAUCUGGCUAAAUUCAAUGAGCAUAAAUGGAAAUGGGCAAGCCUUAUAUUUGACCCUAGUUUCCAAAACACUAUAAAACCUGGACAUGGGAGAGGGGGUGGGGGGUACUGUUGUACUUGUGAGAAAUUACAGAGCACAAAUAGAAGUAUUUUAGAGCACUAAAACAAAUAAUGCUGAUUAUGUCAUGCGUGAAAGGACAGUUUUGUGUAAAACAAUGCAAAAAAAUAUGAAUGCCAACUUGGGCCAGUGUUUGUGACUAAGUGGUUAACUGGAAGUACUGGACAAACCCCAUUUUGAAUGACCUGGGGUGUGUACUUUCCAAAUGGAAUGCCAUGAUCAGGUAAUUUUCAUGCCUGGGCUGCCAUACGGUCUCAAAAUCUGGCAACAUUCAACAUGUAAAAACUGGAAAGGGGAACGUGCUAUAUUUACCCCUGUAACUUUUCCAUACACCAUAAAACCUGUACAUGGGGUUACUCUUGUACUCGCCAGACAUCGCUGAACUCAAAUACGUGUAAUUUAUUACAGUAAAAGCUAAUGUACAGUUAAAAUGCCACGCAGAACUAAAAAAAUACAAUUGUUUAAUUUCUCAAACUUUUUUCGUUUGUAUUCCUAUAAAAUUGUUUCAUAUACUGUAUAAAUAUUUGAUAUGAAAUGAAACCCCUGUUUCUACUGAGCAAAAUUAUAUAUAAGUACAGGUGCACCGAAUAUGAAAGAGGUAAAUUAUGGUUGAACAGACCAAGUCAAAUUCUUGCGUUUGUUUUUAUCAGAACCUGUACUAUUGCCUCUGUCUUUAACGGGUUAAUAACCCACAUUUUCUCAUUCACUUUCUGCUUCCUUAAGGGUCUAGAAUCCACACGAUUCACUUUGCCAUCCGGUUAUGGCCAAGUUACAUUUGGAAUUUUCAAUGAAGGCCUUGACUUCCCUAUCUUUAGCUCAACUGCUCAAACCGAGGAGACUCGUGAAGGGGAGAGUAGGAGAGAGCAACAAUCACGACAAAGAUAUAGUGCUAGACAGCCACGUGCUAGGCUGAGCACAAGGCGAACUGCAGGAAGGCAUGAAGGUGUGCCUACGCUGGAGGGGUAAGAAGCAACUAAACCCAUUUGAAAUGGAGAGAUUACACUCUCAAAGUUCUGCAACACAGAACCAGAUUUUACCAAUAUCUGCUCAUGUGAUAUGAAACCGUAUACAAUUUUUGCUGUACAAGUCAGAUAAGAGAUGUUUUUCUCCCCUGCCCUUCCCAUUGAUACAUGCUAUAUGUAAACCUCCUUUUGAUUCAUGUUCAUUAAAUAUAUUGUGUAUUUCCGGUAGGGAUCGACCGAUAUUGAUUGUUUUUUUUUUGUUUUGUUUUUUGAGCCAAAACCAAUACCGAUAAUCUGUGAACUUUCAGGCCGAUAGCCGAUAACUUACCGAUAUUCUGUACAUUUACCAUUUUGGAAAAAAAAUAAACUAUUUCUAGAGGUAAAUGCACAAAAUAUACAUGCCACAGUGGAUGCAGUGUGUGUGUGUGUAUAUAAUUUGUGCACUGAGUGUUUGUGUGAGUGUAGUGUGUGUGUGUGUAUAGUGAAUGGUGUGUAGGUAU